AGCAAACUAAUUAAUUAAUAAACAAUCUCUUGGCAGCAGCUGUCCGCGCAGGAAUGGCUGCAUUUUCACCCGUCUCCGCUUUCUUCCCCGCUACACCUACUGCUACUCCAAUUGUUUCUCGCUCUAGAAUAUCAAGAUUCUAUCCCUCCCCUAACAAAAGCCCUAAUCAUCUCUCUCCUAUUCUCUCUGCUCUCCGCUACCGAUCACACUGUAAUUUUAUUACCUUCUGCUCCAAUAGUCCUUCUAGAUUCCACAAGCUUCUAUUCACCAGAAACCACUUGGCAUCAUCUUUGGACACGUUGUUGGUUCUCUUCUCCUCUGUAGUUUUGUCUUUCACUCUUUUCAUCGCCGAUGUUGAUUCGGCUUCAGCCUUUGUAGUGACUUCGCCUAGGAAAUUGCAGUCCGAUGAGCUCGCUACGGUUCGUCUUUUUAAAGAAAACACGCCUUCAGUUGUCUACAUCACCAAUCUUGCUGCCCGGCAGGAUGCAUUUACAUUGGAUGUGUUGGAGGUGCCUCAGGGCUCUGGAUCAGGCUUUGUUUGGGAUAAAGAAGGCCACAUUGUCACAAAUUAUCAUGUGAUUCGUGGUGCAUCUGAUCUCAGGGUCACUCUUUCUGACCAGACAACUUUUGAUGCACAAGUUGUUGGAUUUGACCAAGAUAAGGAUGUAGCUGUGUUGCAUGUUGAUGCACCCAAAGACAAACUGAGACCCAUUCCUGUUGGUGUGUCCGCGGACUUGCUUGUUGGCCAAAAGGUGUAUGCCAUCGGAAAUCCUUUUGGACUUGACCAUACACUUACAACUGGUGUCAUCAGUGGGCUUAGGAGAGAAAUCAGUUCUGCUGCUACUGGCCGUCCGAUCCAGGAUGUUAUACAGACAGAUGCUGCCAUCAACCCCGGUAAUAGUGGAGGGCCACUUCUUGAUAGUUCAGGAAGCCUUAUUGGGAUAAAUACAGCUAUAUACUCUCCAUCUGGUGCAUCCUCUGGCGUUGGAUUUUCAAUUCCAGUCGACACUGUGAAUGGUAUUGUUGACCAGUUGGUGAAGUUUGGGAAAGUCACAAGGCCAAUUUUAGGAAUUAAAUUUGCUCCUGAUCAGUCUGUGGAGCAACUGGGUGUUAGUGGGGUUCUUGUCUUAGAUGCUCCUGCAAAUGGUCCAGCUGGCAAAGCAGGUCUGCUAUCAACUAAACGUGAUGCCUAUGGCAGACUUAUUUUGGGAGAUAUCAUAACAUCUGUAAAUGGAAAAAAGGUCACUAAUGGGAGUGAUUUGUACAGAGCUCUUGACCAAUGUAAAGUGGGUGAAACGGUGACUGUGGAGGUGCUGCGCGGUGAUCACAAAGAGAAGAUCCCUGUAAUCCUUGAGCCAAAACCUGAUGAGUCGUGAUACCCCAAAUUAAACAAGCAUCUAUCUUUCUUCAAGGUGAAAACAGAGGCUGUGAACAAACUCCAGUGACUUAGGCAAGAGACCCCUUUCCAUUUUCUAUAUAGUAAGUGUUUAUUAUUACAAGUAAAAGUCAACUUGUACCCUAAAAUUUGAAUCAGUAAAAAAAAGUCCUUCAAGGUUAAAGCAUUUCAGUAAAUGUGAUGGUACCAGAAAGAGAGAGACUUUAAAAACUUUGGAGGGUCCUGAAGUAGUUAGUGAUUGUUGGUACCACUCAAUCGAGUGAGAGAGACAUUUGAGAACUUUAGAGAAGUACUGACACCAAAUUCAAAGAGUGUUAUUGAAUUUGGUGGCCCAAACAAUUGAUGGAUUGAGUUACUGGGUUGCACGUACCGAACAGGGUUUCAGUGGGUAUUUAGUAUCAUGUUGAAGGACAAACCAACGUUGUGGUCCUCAACUUGAAGGAAUCAUGACAUCCUCUUUAGUAUAUGUUUGUAUCCUGCAAGGGUAGCACUUUUAACUAAGUGGUGGUGUUACACGCUUACCCAAUUUACCCAAAAAAAUAAGUGUGCAAUCUCUUCUUGUACAAAAUGUAAUUACUUUGUUUUAUUUACCAAGGUGUAAGAAAACUAAAGACACCACUGCGGGCUGUACUUUAAUGGUGUUUCUCCUAAUUCUGCGACUUAUUGGCAUCUCUACUCUCUUCCAAAAUAGGAGAUAAGAGUUCAAGUUCUCCUACAGACAAAAAGGAGUAUGAAUUUUUAGCCGAUAAAAAAUAAAUAAAUAAAUAAAUAUCUACUUUGAAAGAGAGGGGAGGGGUUCAAUUUUUGGUUAAAAGUUGAGUGACACAAUUGUUCAUAAAAAAGCACUCUGGGACUAUAUAAUUAUUUUUAAAAAUUAUUCAAUUUUAAAAGGUAUAUAUAUUUUUAGAGAAGUGUGAAUAUCAUAUUCAAAUUAAAUUUUUUGUUCAAGAUUGUGCAUGAAAACUGAUGAUGCAUUAUAUUCAAAUAAAUAUAGUUUAUUCACAAAAAUAUAAUAAAAUUGAUUGCGCAGGUGCAAGAGACUUUAAUUAGUAUUUUUGCCCAUAGAAUUCACAUGAAAAAAAAGAGUAUGGUAAAAUCUAAUUCAAAAGUUUUUUUUUUUUUACCAGUUAACAAGCAACUACCCUGAAAAGGACAAGCGACUGAGUAUUACCCUAAUAAAUAUUUGAUCCAGUGGGGAAGGUGAGAAGAAUAAUGGAGCGUAUUUAUUGGUGCAGAUGCCAAUAAAUAUUUUGGUAUGUAGCAUUUGUUUCAUUUCCAGUCAAAGUUGCCUCUUCCAUGCAUGCCAUCACAAUAUUACCACUGCUUGCACUUCCAGUUAACUUAAACCUCCAAUAUUUUAUAUAUAGAUAUAUAUUGUAUAUAUUAAUGUCAAUGCUAUUAAUUAAUUUGCCCAAAAAAAAAGCGACAUCUAAAUUGAAACAGGGAAGAUAUAUGUUAAAAGCAAGUAUUAUGUUGUCAGAAUUGGUUAGAUUGCUCAUCUUAUUUGGAAGGCUGUUGGAGUAAUAACUAAUCACCAACUCUUCACAUUCUAACAGUGAAUUUUUUUUUUUUUUU